AUGAGUAUCAAGAAAGUAAGAAACAAACUUGAACUUGAAGAGUUAAUAAAUACCUCCAACAAUAUUACUCAAGAAUGGAUGAAACCAACUAUGAAAUCAAGAGUUUUCAAAUUGAAAUACAUGAAUAUAAGAGUUGAAAGUAGGGAGGAGAAGAUCUUAACAAUAUUUUUUACGAUUUUCAUGGUGAAUGCAAUGUCAUCUGAAUCUUUGGUGAGUAAACUCGCAAAGGAAUCAUAUUCGAAAUUGCUCUCUGAUGUCAAAGCUGGAAAGUAUGAAUCGCUGAUGGCACAAGGUAAUAAUAUUGUGGCAAAGGACGAGAGUGAACGUUUGAAAAUGCAAAGUUCUUAUGAUCCAUCGACUCGCAAAGGAUAUGACUGCCAACACGACCAUAUCAUGGAGAGUAGAAUGAAGAAAUUCAAGCAAUCCAACAACAUUAGACAGAUUUCAAAGUUGGAGGACAUCGACCAAUCGUCGUCGUCGUCGAAUCACCAAAGCCACUCGAAUUUGAAACUGAAUAGCGUUGGAGCCACUGGUAGACUCCCGAUUCGUAUCUCUUUCAACUUUACAUAUCUCGAUGCCAAUGUCGAUAAAUACUCAUGUCGUUACGUCGGACAGAAGAUCCUCACCGGUCAGCCAAAUUCCGGUUCAACACCACCGGCCUGUGACGGUACACUAUCAUACUGUACCUACACUUGUCUCUCCAAGGAUAUCUUGUCGAACGAUCUCAUCAAUAUUAUCACCGACACUGUAAUCCCAACCAUUCAAAACACUUUCCAACAGAUGAUCUUGGUCGACCGUCCCAAUCCAGAUCGUCUCACUUUCAACUCUGAAGUCUACGAUGAAUUGAAUGGUGAAUGUGACUAUGGUGUUGAUAUUCCACUUGAAUAUACAACCCUUGAAGGAUCACCAACUGAAACCGAUAUGAUUGUUUGGGUAACUUCUCGUCCAACACCAUCAAAUUCUACUAUUGCUUAUGCUUUAUCAUGUAAUUUCCCAUAUUUUAGAGCAACAGGAACAUUAGGUAAACCAAUUGCAGCCAGCAUUAACUUUAAUCCACAAUACUAUACACAAUUCCUUGGUGUACCAGACACUUCAUUCGCAUUCAACGAGUAUAUCAGAGUUGGAAUUCAUGAAAUGACUCAUGCUUUAGGUUUUAGUUCAAAUUUUUAUUCUUCAUUCACUUCACCUGCUGCUGCAACUGUAACAAAAUAUGGAACAACACCAGCCGGAAACAAAUAUUCUUAUCAAACAACCGGAAUUAUCUCACCAAAUGUUGUAAACUUUGUGAAAAAUCACUAUUAUUGUCCAGUGAUAAAGUAUGCAGAGUUGGAGGAUAUCGGUGGAAGUGGAACUGCCGGUAGUCAUUGGGAAAAGAGAACCGCCGGUGAAGAAUAUAUGAUUGGUUUCGUAUCACCAAUUGCACCAAUUACCAACUUGACCAUGAAUCUACUCAAGGAUUCCGGAUGGUAUGACAUUGCAGGUGAAACCGUGGAAAAGUUGAUCUGGGGUAAGAACGCCGGUUGUGACUGGCUCGACAAUUGCUACGGUGACACCUGGAACUACCAAGGUUACUUCUGUACCUCUGGAGGAGCAUCUUCAUGCACUGCCACUCGUAUGGGUAAAGGUAACUGUUUGCUCUACCGUUACAACGUUAACCUGCCCUCACAAUACCAACACUUUACCAAUCCAUCGAUCGGUGGUGCCGAUGCCGUCGCCGACUUUUGUCCUUACUACAUGAUCAAUCGUGGACCAACCGACCCUGAGUCCAAUAUCUACUGUGUAGAUCCAGCCAAUAAACCACAGGCAGAUGCAACCAUCUCUGAGCAGUACGGAUCGGACAGUCGUUGUUUCGAAUACACAAGCGGCAACACAUCAAACACAAUCAAAAGUGGAUGUUGGCAACAACGUUGCAAUGGAGUGAAUGUCGACAUCUUGGUUGGUAGCACCUGGUAUCAAUGCACCUCCGAUCUCCAGAGAAUCUAUGUCAACUCUGACCUCACCAUCGUCUGUCCCAAUGGAUAUGCCGAGUGUGGUGGUUAUCCAAAACCAAUUGACAUUAUCAACAGUUCAACCAAAACAUCCAGCCAACUCUUCACAACACUUUGCAUAUUAUCAUUGGUUAUUGCUUUAGUUAAUUUAAUUUAG